AUGCUUCUGGCACUUUAUUUGGUUGUCCUAUUUCCUGUUUCCAUGCAGCAGUUAUUAGACUUUCAUCACAAGCUUCAGGCUGUCCUAGACCAUAAGAAUGUUGUGACAGAUUUGCUUAUUAAAAUUGAAGAAAAGUCUAAAGUGAAGAAAAUAUUUAUCGUUUAUGCGAUUGAAACCAAGGCUAAGGAUGAUGAUACCAAAUGGUUGACGUACUGGGUUGUUUACGCCUCAAUCAGCUUGAUUGAAUGCCUUAUAUUCUUAUACCUGAUGUUGCCGAUUGAUUCAAAUGGAUCAGUUUUGCUCUACACUAAGUUCAUUCGACCACUCGUUCUUGAUCAUCAAAAAGGGAUCGAUGAAGCAAUUGACAAAACAUCUCAGUUUGUUUCAGAUUCUGCCAAAAAAGGUUUCUUGUUAUAA